AUGAUUUCUCUGAACCUCACUGUGCCGUUAGCGGUGGACUUUAACGAAGCUGAAGAUUAUUUCAUUUUUAUAGCAAAUCUACUAAUUGCUACCAGUUCUUUUCUCAUGGCUGGCUCGGUAAUGGUAGGCAUUAUUUGUAAAAAUGAACUGCGAGCACAAAAUCGCUUUAUUUUCAUGCUGAACACCAGCAUAAGCGACACUCUGUCUGGGGUAGGUGGUUACUACAUCGGACUGUUUGACGUCUACGAGGGCUAUCCGUCCAGGAACGGUACCUAUUACAUAGUGCCUUCGCUACUGGGAGUCAAUAUUUUGACCAUCUUAUUUGCACAGUUCGAUCGAUUCAUUGCUGUUGUUUAUCCUUAUGUUUACAAUCGUUAUGCAUCCAGGACUGUAAUUAUAGAAGUUUGCCUUUUCUGUUGGUUUUACACUUACUUAAUAGUAGCGAUUCAGAACGUCGUUACAAUUGAUUUAGCUGCAAAAGUGAGCGCUUACGGUACCUUGCUACUCCAGGCAAUAAUAAUCGUGAAAGUGAUGCUGAACGUGAAACUGUACCUCAUCGCUAAAUACCAGAUUAACGAGACAGGAAAAUAUCCGGUGAGGUGA